UCCCCCGCUGUUAGGCCUGAGGCGGGGCGGCCGCGGCUCCUGGGGUGGGGAUACCCACGGUCCUCGGACCGAGGGGCUUCCCUGGGGCGGCUAGAGAUCCGGGCACUGCCCGCGGAGGUUCAUCCCGGGCUGCCUCAGGCCUUGGCAUCCUCCCUGGCCAGCGGUUGUGCAGCGGGCGGAGGAUGCUCAGGCUGGUGCCGGAUUGUCACUCACCAUGGUGCUGGUUUAUUGCUCUGGUUGUAAGCUAUAGGCGCCCUUAAAGACAGGAGCUACGGGCUGCUCUGGCUUCUCCUGCCGCCGGUAAAAGUGUGUCGCAAAGAGCACGAGGUGCCAAGGCUGAAGGAAGCAGCGCAGAAGGGAUGUGCUCCGUGUUGAGCGAGGUGAAGCAUUAGCAACAGAGCACAAAACUGGGGCAAACAGCUGAAGAUGUCAUCCUAUUUGGCCCAGGAGGUUCACCUUGCUAGAAGACAUGAGGAGAUACUGUCUCAGAGAUCAGAGCUGCUACAGCAGAUGGAGACUUAUCUAAGAGACAAAAAGACUAAAAAGACAUGGCAAACUCAAGCAGCUGAUGCAGCUCGUAAGAGGAAUGCAGCACUUUUAAAUGACAUAGAAGCAGCAGAAAAACGGCUGCAAGAAAGAAUGUGUUUACUUCCAGAUCCUGAUACUGUUGAGUUAGAAACUCUCUAUUGGGCAUCAAUAAAAGACUCUCUUCCCAAGUGGGAAGAGUUUCUUUUAGGAAGAGCAGAAGUUCCUAUUGGCUUUAAGAAAACGAAAGCUACAAAGCAGAGCAUAAACUACCCUGAAGAAGAUUCACAAAAAUAAACAUUUUAGUUUCAUUUUCUUUUGUGAUUGAUCACGUAAGCAGAGAAGAUCAUCCAGAUCGGGCAACAGAAUAUCAUGCCAUUAAACUGAAAUGAAAAUUUAAAUGAAAAUGAGUCAUAUAGAAUAAUUUCAUUCCAUUGUUGCAUUGUGUAUAAUUUCUUAUAUUUAUUCUGUACAAGAGAAGCAAUCCUCAAACGUGGAUUAGGAUCAAGAAUGAGAAACAUUGGUGUAUAGAUUUCCACCAAAGCAAUUGGGUUUUCAGUGUGAGAAGAGUUUUAUGUUAUUUUUAAUCCUCUGCUUCUACAUAUAAGUGCGAUAAGUAAAGACAGAUUCUUGCAUUA